GUCAAAUCAUUCGCGUUUGGUUAGUAAGUUAUCUAAAAACCAUGCGUGUGAGUGAUUUCAUAAUAUUAUUUAAUAUAUAAAAAAAAUGAUUUAUGCAAAUUUGUGUGUGUUAGUGUCGUGUUUAGCAGCGAUUAGUGAUGCGGCUAAUGUAUUGUACGUGAUACCUUUUUCGGCAAUGUCCCAUUAUAUAAAUUUGAGACCUAUUGGUCUCGAACUAGCAAGGAGAGGUCAUAACGUGACUGUGGUCACAACUCAUAAGGAAGUUGACCAUCCUCCGUCAUAUCAUGAAGUUAUUGUGGACAAUAAGUCUUUCUGGGAUCUUUUAGGUGAUGAAAGACCAAAUGUUUUUACCAUGGUUGAUCUAUCGACUGAAGAAUACUAUAACGUUAUAUGGAAAGGAGGGCUAGCUUAUACAGAAUUAACACUAAACUCUUCAAACGUCCAGAAAUUUUUACGCGAAGAUCACAAAUUUGACUUGGUGAUUUCUGAACAGUUUUUCCAUGAAGCAACAUACGUUUUGGCUCAUAAAUAUAAUGCACCAUUAGCGUUAGUUACUACAUUUGGCAAUUGCAUGAGACAUAAUAUUGUUACAAGAAACCCAGUGCAACUUUCAAAUAUACUAUUGGAAAUGUUGAUGGUCAGACAGCCCGCAACAUUUUGGGGAAGAUUCAAAAACUUAUACUAUUCGUUAUACGAAUAUGUUUGGUGGAAAUACUGGUAUUUGGGUGAACAAGAAAAAUUGGUCAAGAAGUACAUUCCUGAUCUGAAAGAGCCAGUGCCAAGUCUUUUUGAAUUGCAAAGAGACACAGCUCUGAUGUUGUAUAACAGUCAUUUUAGUUUUGAUGAUGCGGUUGCAUACGCGCCAAAUAUAAUCGAGAUAGGUGGAGUGCAUUUGUCAAAAAGUGAUGGAAAGUUACCUAAUGAUCUUAAGGAGAUUUUGGAUGGCGCCAAACAUGGCGUUGUGUACGUAAAUUUCGGCUCCAAUGUGAAGAGUUCGGAGUUACCCUUGGAUAAGAAGAAUGCAUUUAUUAAAGUUUUCAGAGAGCUUAAACAAACAGUUAUUUGGAAGUGGGAAGACGAGAAACUUGAGAAUAUGCCAAAGAAUUUGAUUAUAAGAAAAUGGUUGCCACAGAAAGAAAUUUUAUCUCACCCAAAUAUCAAGGUAUUCAUAUCGCACGGCGGCUUGCUCGGAACUCAAGAGGCCAUUUUCCAUGGAAUACCUAUUAUUGGUGUUCCUGUUUAUGGAGAUCAAUAUAACAAUUUGCUACAAACGGAAGAAAUGGGAUUUGGACAAAUUUUGGAGUUCAAAGACAUUAAUGAAGAUAAUCUACGUAAAAAGCUAAAUAAUAUACUGAAUGAUGAUAAUUAUGGAGCUAAGGCAAGGGAGGUGUCGGCUAGGUUUAGAGAUAGACCGAUGAGCGCACUUGACACAGCUGUGUUUUGGAUCGAAUAUGUUAUUAGGAACAAAGGUGCUCCGUAUAUGAAAAAUUCUGCACUAAAGCUAGAUUGGGUUGCAAGUAACAUGAUCGAUGUUUACGCUUUUAUUGUUAUAGUAAUUUUAGCCAUUAUAUUUGCUUUUAUCAAAAUUGCGAGCAUUUUAAUAAAAUUACUUGUUAAUGUUCAAGGAAAGAAGGUUAAUGCUGAUAGAAGAAAAGUAAAACAAAAGCGAAAUUAACAAUAUGUUAGUAGAAUUGUUUAGUAGAAUUUUCCAAUGAUUAAAUUUUUUUUUCCAAUC